UUCAUUUUCUCUCAUUACAUGAAGAGACAAUUGUUUUUUUCCAUUUAUAUUCAAAAUAAGAUGAUAAUUUUAUUUAAUUUUGUGUCUGUAUGAAAAAAAAAGUAAAGUAGUGUCAGUUGAUCAAGUCCAUGAGCAAUUGCAUAUUGCGUAGUCCACUGACUCAUUCUCAACUCACUUCAGUGUUGUCAUCGUGUCAUAGUGCAAGUUUCUGUCAAUACAUCAAUUUUUUACUCUUUUAAGUAAUAAUAAACAAUAUAUAAAUAUUUUCGCAACACUCUACACGUCGUGAGGGCAUCUAACAACCGCUUAAGUGCAUUCAUUAACCCAAAUUAGGGCACAAUGGGUGAACGCAAGGGACAGAAUCUAUACUAUCCCCCCGACUAUGACCCAAAAGCGGGUGGUCUCAACAAGUUCCUGGGGACUCAUGCUCUUCGGGAACGAGCCCGCAAGCUGCACAUGGGUAUUCUGAUCAUAAGAUUUGAAAUGCCAUUCAAUAUCUGGUGCGAGGGCUGUGGGAAUCACAUUGGUAUGGGGGUGCGUUACAACGCUGAGAAAAAAAAAAUUGGAAUGUAUUACAGCACUCCCUUGUACUCCUUUCGAAUGAAGUGUCAUCUGUGUGACAAUCAUUUUGAAAUUAAAACAGAUCCAGCGAAUCUCACAUAUGUGAUUGAGAGUGGCGCUCGUCGUCAGGAGAAUCGUUGGGAUCCGAAGGAAAAUGAACAAGUGGUCCCCGAGACAAAAGAAGUAUCGAAGAGGCUUUACGACGAUGCAAUGUUCAAAUUAGAGCACGGAGUGGAGGAUUUAAAAGGUGCUAAAACCCAGGAUCCAGCCAUCAAGAAAAUCCUGGCUAAAAAUGAGUCCAGGUGGCUGGACGAUUACUCCGCGAAUGCUGCACUUCGCGCUGCCUUCAGAAAUCGCAAGAACGAGGACAAAGAAAGGAGAACGGAGCUUCCUCUGUUGAAAAGUGUUGGAGUUGAGCUGGAGCUGGUGGACGAGCACGAGGAUGAUGUUAAACUGGCGAGGAUUCUCAUGCAGAAUAAGAAGAGAGAUUCCAGAAGCAAGAGCUCCUCUCUCAAGCGGUUGGCGUCGCUCCUUUCGAAAUCCAAAACUAAACGAAGGGGAAUUUCAGGUACUUCGAGUAAACCACGAAUUAUCGAGCAGAAAAAAGUAUCGAAUGCCUCCGAGAGCUCGGGCUCCUCGAGCAAAAAUACAUCACUAGUGUCUUAUGAUUCCUCCGGUUCUGAUGGUGAUUAGUUGUAAGGAAGUCUCGAGAGGUUGAACAUUAUAAAAUUCGUUGAUUUAGCUGGACUGACAAAUUAGACAUAAAUAAAUGUUGUAAAUAUACAAUGAG